CAGACAUAUCGCGGUGACGGCGAGCGGGAUACUAAAAUGACAGUGCUGCAUACGCGACGCUUUGACAUAUCAGCCCGCGGCUAGUGUGAUUUUCGAUUGAACCAACGGUUUCGAUUGCGCGGUUGGCGACCAACGGAUAGCAGCGCGAACACGGCGUUGCGGCUGGAUACAGGAUGCAUUAGACCGAACAGAAAUCGAAGCGCACGUGUAGCGUGUAGUCGCCACGCUCACCGAGAUGGCAGCGAGCGAGCCGGGCAGCGAUGUGCAGAUGAGGAGCCGGGAAGAGUCCCAGAGCUUCCGCGCCAGGGUCCAGUUCCGCAAGUCCCAUUCGGGGCCUCCCAAGAUGGAGGGCUAUCUCCGCAAGAGGACCGCGAAGCUGAACCUGAAGUGGUUCUGGCGAAAGUACUGGUUUGUGCUGGACGGCCGCUCUUUGCUCUAUUUCAAGUCACAGUCAAACUACAACUCUCUUGGCACCUGCAAGGGUCUGGUGGACUUCGGCUUGGUACAGGCAGUCAGGCCGUCGCAUGGCUCCAAGAAUAUCUACGCUAUGGAAGUCAUCACCCGGUCUGACGUCAUACACCUCGCGGCCGAUGACUGGCAGACGCGGCAGGUCUGGGUAGCGGCGCUGCAGGCGGCCAUCCAGAUCAGCGACGUCUCGUGGCCCUUCAAGGUGCAGUUGGACAACGCGCCCAAACUGGUGCAGUUACAGCGAGGAGAGAUUUGCAACUCUUCGCCUGCUUCCGACAGCGAGGCACGGCGUUCCAGGCACAACGAUCGCCGCCAGAAGACGUCCAGCUUGAUCAUCUACGAGAACGUCAGCCUCGAGACCGCGAAGCAAGACAACGAAGACUCCUCCGAUCGUCGGCCUUCCAGCGAAGGUGCCAUCUACCAGCAGAUAUCGGAAGCAAAACUCAACGCACACGACUCGGAACCAAGGACGUCGGACGGCAGCGGCAAAGUUUCAUGCAAGGACCGUCCUUGUUCGCAGACGAAGAAGGACAAGGGAUACGGCGGUAUGUUAAGGAGGGCUCGGUCGUUCAGCUGCGGUCUGAUGUCCGCCAAGGGCCGUCUCACAGGCUUCCACCGGCACCGCGACAAGUCUACGAAAACGGGAAGCAAAGUUUCGCCAAGCCGGAAGCACGACUCUUCUUCUGCUAGCCUGGCUCACACCCCAGAAUCGAGCCGCGUGUCCAAGGAAGCCGAAACAACGUCGCACAAAAAGCAAGACUCGGUCGGUUCCGUCCGAUCGGGAGAACUGCCUUCUAGACAGACUAGCAACUGUUCGAACAGAACCUCGCACCAGAAGCAGGGCUCCACGGGAUCGGCGCACUUGAGACACGACGCGACGAUGCCAGCGGUGCGAAAUCGAAUCGGCUCUUCCACGUCGUCCAGUCGCGCCGACGAGCAUCGCAUCACGGCGAGCCUGGACGUGAACCCGACUUACCAGACAGCCGAAGAAUCGAUGGCCGACGGUUUUGCGACGGAGCCCACGACGCGGAAACGGUACGACUCUUCGUCGUGCAAAGACGACGACGACGACUUCGCCCCCGAGUGUCCGUCUAGGCCGCAUCCCCCGAGUCCGAUGCCGCGAAGUGACGGGUGCGCUAUGAUGCCCAGCCGCGAAUACGCGGACGUAUACGAAAACCACGUUCCGCUGCCUUUGGUCGACGAGGUUGGGAACGACGAAGGACAGCGAAAGAAGAGAAAACCUCCGAAUCUCAGAUUGGAUCAUAUCGACGCUAUGAUUCCCAACCGCGAAUACGCCGAAGUGUACGAGGCCCACGACCUCCCGUCUCCCCGGAGGCAGUCGGCGGACGACGCCAGCCAGAAAGGAACAUGCAGUGCGGAACAGUCGAUGAUGCAGGCACCGAGUUGGGAGUACGCCGAAAUCGACGAAUACGCCGGCGGUCCGUCCCUGUCCAGAACAUUCUCGAGUCCUCCCUCCGGCGGCAGCGUCAAAGUGCCUUUAGAGCGAAGGCCUUCGAACCCCGAGUCUUCCGUAUCGAGGAAAACGAGCAAGGACUCGGCGGACGAUUCCUCCCUCCACAUCUACCAGGAAGUUCGCGGUUUGUCUCGCAGUCCGUCGCCGCAGCCUUCCCCGCGCACCGUGUUCAUGCCGUCGCUAGCGUCGAGCACGAGGCCCGCAGACAUGGAGGACGAGGAGGAGAGCUACUACUCCAGCAUCUCGGAGGAAGAUCUCAGGCGGUACCACUGGUCCAGCGAUCUCGCCCGUGUAGGCGAGACCUCCGAGACCGGCACCGAGUCGUCCACGUACAACACGGCCGACGCGAGCGGCAGCAGCGAGGCGCUGGCCGAGACCGGCUACAUGGAGGACAACCCACACAUCACCGUCACGGCCACCACCGACAGCAACCACAGCAGCAGCGGCAGCAGCAGCCGCAUUGGCACGGCCCCGCCGAGCGAGGCGAUGCGCGAGCUUCGCGAACUGCUCGACUGCCUGGGAACCGAGAACGACGGCAACGUACUCACGGGACAGAGGAGCAUCGCCAGGGCCCGGCAGCUCCUGGUGCGGGAGAUGGCCGCCAACGAGGCCUAACGGUCAAAUAACAAAAACAAUGCUAGUGCAAAUAAAGACAAGGUCAAAGACGCGGUGCACAUGACAGACGCUACAGACUUAAACUAAGGUUUAUUGAGAGAACGCUGCACGUUAAAGGUACACUAAAGAGAAAGAUAUUGAGCUGUAUUAGUAAAUUGCGCUUCUGCAGCAUCAAAAAGAGAAGCCACUCUUACCGUGAGAGGAAGCCGGAGAAGGCGCAAAAACGAAGGGUGGAUGGCGACGCUGCCGUGAAGUUCCCGCACCAGCCCACUAUAACGUCAUCAAAUUUGACGGCGUCUGAUUGGGCCUAAUCAGUUUUAUCGGUAAAGAUAGAUUGCACUGUAUUAUUAAGGAGUCAAAGUGUGAACUUAGCAUUGCUCAAUGACUUUUACUGCGCCACAACGGCUCAAAUACAAGAUACUUUGAAAUCAAUGACGUCACACUGACGUAGUGAUGCUGGGGUUCCGGAGCAAAAUGGAAAAAAAGUGAAAGCUUGAAGUUCCCUUUCUUUUCUAACAAUUGACCUAUUACUGCAAAAUUAACAAAAAUUGAAAGAAUGCUUUAUCAGUCAACACUGAUUUAGUGUUUCUCUUCAGUGUCUCAUUAAGUCCAAGCACGUGAACACUAUUGGGUAAUAUUGCAUUGGCACUGCGAUACCCAAUGCAAGUCCCGUGCCUGGAUUUACCUUGAGCAGUUUUAUUUUUCAAUAACCCUCAGUCGGAAGCUUAGCGCUUGUCCUGUGGACUGCAUCAGUGUACUGGUCUUUAUUGCACUAUGAUGCUUCGUUCUUUAUUAUGAAUCAACUCGACCAAGAAAACAUAUAGCUAAUAGACAAAUUUCCUCUGUCCACGGUGCCUCAACACAUUUUAUUGUUCCCUUUAGAAGCAAGCUAAACAAGACUUGCUUCCUCUCAGGCAUGCCGAGUACAGAAACAACACGGGAUCCCCUAUAGAUUGCUAGACCACACUUCAGCCACUAAUCCCCUAAUCCACUCUAAAAAUGUUUACACCAUUUGGAGAUGAACUUGUCCCUAAACAAUGAUCAUCGUCAAUCUUGCGUAAAAGUUACUUUAACACCCUGUUCUCACUACUUUUCUAUCAGGAAUGCUACGUCACAGUGAUAAGCAUAUGCCAUUCGUUACCUGAAAGGACCGGGAGUGCAGCGCUAAAAAAAAGAGAGAAAUGCACGCAAGAUAGAUGACGAUUAAUGUUUAGCGAUGAAAUAUGUCUCCUUUUAGAGCGUAGAACAUUCAACUCCAGGUCAAGAAAGUAGAUGGCAGAAGGGUCACAAUUCGACUGAAGCAGUCACUACAAUUCAAUGACGCUCAAAGGCAAUCCUUAAGUAAAAUUUUCGUCACCAGGUGCAACGACUUUGCACCUGGUGCAAUAUGCUUUGCCUGAUGUUCAAUUAACUGUGGAAUACAACCCCAUCCACCCAUUCAUGUACACACAAAUUGUCUUAUCUUGCAUGCUUCAAUAUUACGUCCUUUGACCAUGAUGUAAAGAAGGGUCAUGUAGGCAUUUGUACAAAUAAACAGAUUUCG